CGCUGCGUAGCGCCAGCAGCGGCGGCCAAUAUGGCGGCGUACAGAGUCACUCCUGCCUUUCAGAGAGUUUUGCGUGCUGUAAAGCACGCUUCCCUGCGGCCACAGUGCUGUGUCAUAAGCUGCCAUGCUCAAUACUCCACUGUUUACGACCCAAAUGAAAAGACCUUUGAUAAGAUCCUCAUUGCAAACAGAGGAGAGAUCGCCUGCAGGGUGAUUAAAACAUGCAAGAAGAUGGGAAUCAAGACCGUCGCUGUGCACAGUGACGUGGACUCAAGUUCGGUUCAUGUGAAGAUGGCAGAUGAGGCAGUGUGUGUAGGCCCCGCCCCCACCAGUCAAAGCUACCUCAAUAUGGACGCCAUCAUGGAGGCCAUCCAAAAGACCGGAGCUCAGGCUGUUCAUCCUGGCUAUGGGUUCCUCUCUGAGAAUAAAGAGUUUGCCAGAAGGCUGGCAGCUGAGGGAGUCACCUUUAUUGGUCCCGACACAGAUGCCAUCCAGGCGAUGGGGGAUAAAAUCGAGAGCAAGCUGAUCGCCAAAGCGGCCAAAGUCAACACCAUUCCUGGCUUUGACGGCGUGGUCAAGGAUGCAGAGGAGGCUGUGAAGAUUGCACAGCAAAUCGGUUAUCCUGUUAUGAUCAAAGCAUCAGCCGGUGGUGGAGGAAAAGGCAUGAGGAUCGCCUGGAAUGAAGAGGAGACCAGGGAAGGCUUUCGUUUCUCCUCACAAGAGGCAGCAUCCAGUUUUGGGGAUGAUCGGCUACUUAUUGAGAAAUACAUUGAUAACCCCAGACACAUCGAGAUCCAGGUAUUAGCUGAUAAGCACGGUAAUGCUCUGUGGCUGAACGAGAGGGAGUGUUCCAUCCAGAGGCGAAACCAGAAGGUGGUGGAAGAGGCGCCCAGCACGUUUUUGGACCCAGUGACUCGGCGGGCGAUGGGUGAGCAGGCCGUUUCUUUGGCUAAAGCCGUUAAAUACUCUUCAGCUGGAACCGUCGAGUUCCUCGUCGACUCAAAGAAAAACUUCUACUUCCUGGAGAUGAACACACGCUUACAGGUGGAGCACCCCAUCACAGAGUGCAUCACAGGGUUGGACUUGGUCCAGCAGAUGAUCCGUGUUGCUAAGGGUUACAAGCUCCUGCACAAACAGGAAGACAUCCCUAUCAAUGGGUGGGCUAUAGAGAGCAGAGUCUAUGCUGAGGACCCCUAUAAGUCGUUUGGUCUUCCUUCCAUCGGUCGGCUCUCUCAGUAUGAGGAACCUGUAAACCUGGAUGGAGUGAGAGUGGACAGUGGUAUUCAAGAAGGAAGUGACAUCAGCAUCUACUAUGACCCCAUGAUCUCCAAAUUGGUGACUUAUGGAUCCACGCGAGCUGAGGCGCUGAGGAAAAUGGAAGAUGCUCUUGAUAACUACGUCAUUAGAGGCGUCACCCAUAACAUUCCUCUCCUGAGGGAGAUCAUCGUCCACCCUCGUUUCAUCUCCGGUGAUAUCAGCACCAACUUCCUCCCUGAGGUUUACCCCGAAGGGUUCAAAGGUCACUUGCUGUCGACCGGGGAGCAGCGUGAGCUCCUGGCAGCGGCCGCUGCUCUCUACGUGGCUGCUCAGCUCCGAUCACAGAGGUUUCUGGGACCUCAGAGAGUGGCUAGCGUUCCUCAGGAGCGGAGCUGCUGGGAGCUGUGUGUGGAGUUGGAUAAAGGAGUUCACAUGCUGGGUGUGUCCCGCUCUGGAAGCAGCUACACUGUGGAGAUCGAUGGAGAGAAAGUGGUGGUGUCUGGAGAGUGGAAUCUGGCCUCUACACUGCUGCCUCUUACUAUUAACGGCAGCCACAGUGUUCUUCAGUGUCUGUCCCGUAACUCUGCUGGGGAAAUCACUCUGCAGUAUCUGGGCACUUCGUUUAAGGUGCGUGUGCUGAGUAAGCUGGCAGCAUCUCUCAGUAAACACAUGCCAGAGAAGAUUCCUGAAGACACCAGCAGCAUCCUGAGGUCACCCAUGCCGGGGACAGUGGUGGCUGUGUCUGUUAAACCUGGAGACACGGUGGCAGAGGGACAAGAGAUUUGUGUGAUUGAAGCCAUGAAGAUGCAGAACAGCAUGACCGCUGCAAAAACAGCCAAGGUCAAGAGUGUACACUGUAAAGCCGGUGAGACUGUGGGAGAGGGCGAUCUUCUGGUGGAGCUGGAAUAACACAUACCUACUGUCUGCUGCCCAACCUGGUACUUACCCUACAGACAAACCAACAAAGACACUAAUAGCCUAGACGGAACAUUCCCCAUCACUUUGCUUUCCGUUUCGUCUUCGUUUUUCUUUGUCCUCGUGUAGGGCACGUUAAGCAUCUUCUUUGACUUUCCGGAUUAGAUUGCAACAAAAGGAAAAUUAAAAAAGCAAGUUCACUCCUGUGCCUUUGCAAGGUUUGGCCAUUUUCGAUAUCGAUCAGUCAUCAGCUAGUAAAGAUGUAAUUGGCUAGUCAAGUAUGAUGUCCCUGCUCUAUGAUCACAACAUCCGACUAUGGCCACUUGCACCACCAAUAAAAAGAGAGAAGUAAAUAAGGCUCAUAAUUGGGAAGUGUAGAAGUACAACAGGUUCUUGACCUGUCCAUGCUCCUCCCACAAAUGCAUUGUUUUGUAGCAUUUGUAGUUGCUAUAUUGGACAAGUGCUAUAAAACACUGGCAAAAAUCCCAUUCAACUCAAUGAGAAACUGUAGGACAGAACUCUUUUUGUCCAAAUAUGUAUAUUAUUCACAUUGGACUGAAUGUUUUAGAGUCACUCCAUAACGUCUCCAGCUUAAAAUGCUACACUACCGAGCUGGAAUAUGUUGUUGCUAAUCAGAACAAGGCAGGUUGGAAGCAGCAAUGAAUUUGCCAUCAUGCUACUGUUAGCUCAAUUACACAACCAAAAAACUACACCUGAUUUAUCCUAAAUAAAUAUUAUUUGAAAUGAAUAGCUCUCAAAAUAUAGGUAUUACGACAGGCGUUUUGUGCCACAAUUUCUUAUAAGGUUGAAUGUGAUUUUACCAAUAUUCUGUACAGCUGCUGCUGGCUUGCAACAACCUAGCAUUUGUGGGCAGAGCAUGGAUAAGUCAAUUGCAGUAGCAUUAAAAAACAACUGUGCUUGUCUGUUGUCCUCCUUCUAUUUGUAUAGGAUUGUGCAAAAUGGCAAAUGGCUCUUCAUUUCACUAGUAGAACUAGUAGAGCUGUUUCCUUUGCACGUUACACUGCAAUUUCAACCAAGAAUGUGAUUUUCUUUUAGCAGAAUACAAAUGUAGGAAGUGACUCCAUUCAAGACCAGUUUUUUUUUUUAAAAAAGCCUUAAAAUGAUGUCAACACGUGUCCAUUUCAACAAUCCGACUAGUAUGUUUUUUAAUGCCCAUAUCAUGUCUUUGUUUGUCAGCAGUCUAGUUUUGUAAUGUCUAAACGGUAAAAAACACUAAGGAUUAUUCACGUUUCACCUCUGAUGUCAUCUUUGACAUUUCCUAUGAGUAUUUACCUCUUUAUACGAAAUUGGCCAGGAACACUCAUCAUGCUUACUGUAUUACAUUGAUGAGAUUUCAUUAAUUUGUACCUUUGCUCAAUAGGUUAAAAACCACCUUCAAUUGUAGAAACUUUGGGAUCUAUAAAAAAAAGAAGUGUUGAUACCUUAUGAUAGUUAAGCUCUUGGAUAACCAAGUUGAAAUAUUAUGUCCACCAAAUUUCCAAAUCUCCAGUAUGUUUUCCUUGAAAAUGUGAAUGAAACUGGUGACCUGGGUGUCGUCUGGUGGAACUGAUGGAUCAAACCUCACUGAAGUUCAGCUUCUUUCUCUUUCCGUUAUCACAGAGCUACACAACAAACCCUGGAGCCAUGUCCUGAUUCUGAAUGUUUUUACGAAUCACUUUUGUAAUAAUAAAAACAGGACUCAUGGGAAAGAGCUUGAUUGUUUCCGCUUGAUGUUUCCAGUAUUAAAGGAAUAGUUAAUCAAAGAAAAAUCAAAUGUACACAAAUUCCUUCUUACCCCAAAUGUAGUCGAUCAGCCAGGAUAUGUUUGGUGUCUGAGGUUGGUUUUUUCCAGUUUUGCACUGGAGCUACAAAGAUAAUGUAGCAAGCAAGUAAUGGAAGCUUUCAACCCACCACUUACCAUUGUCUGUAAACUGUAUGCCUAAAUCAGCAGGGCUGAAAACCAAAAGGCUGAAAAUAAAUAAAAACAGUUUACAUAGAAUAAACUUAAAAAUUAUUGAAGUAUGCAGACUACAAUAUGUGCCAUGAAAUCCUACGUCCUUCACAACAGAGAAUGAUUUGUCAUCCAAGGCAAAGAAUGCCAUUAUUUUUUGGAUCUACUUCGUGCUUUGGUACUUCCGCUUGUGAAUGUUUUUGUUAUUUCAUACACUGAGGCUGCAGGUGGAUUGACGCGCUUACAGAGACAUUUUCUUCUCCUGUUGUUUUGCUGUUUUCUGCAUGUCGAGCAGGGCGUUGUGUUUUCAAGUGGUAUAAAACUGUUCUUAAAUGUUGUUACUGCCACUCAAACAAUUUGUUGACUGGUGUAGGAGAGCAAAGAAAACAUAGCAGUAUUUACCGCAAUUUCUCGCUUUCUUUACAAUUAUUUGUAAAGGUUUUUUGUAAAGGUCACUUUGUUGUAGGCCAAUUUAAUCAUUUCACAUUGUCUGACCUUUUUUUGGCAUGUUUAAAAAACAGUAAGCCAGAAAUUAGGCAUGCACUGAAAUUUUGGCCACCAAAAUUUUCAGCCACUGUAAAUAUCUGGUCAAAAAUAUUCAGUUAAAAAUGGCACUUUUGGUUUUUCAGUCGAAAUUUUU